AUGACGAAGAACAUCACCUUCAAGGACCAUGCCGCACACCUCGAGAACGUCGAGAACGAGAAGGGGUUCACGACACCCUCAUCAUCUUCUCAGAACGAUGCGCCAUUCACUAUCGACCCCAAAGUUUCAGCACGUCUGCGCCAUGCAAUCGACUGGAGACUCAUCCCUGCCCUAGGCGCAAUGUACGGUAUCUCACUCAUGGACCGCAAGAACGUUUCCAACGCUGCCAUCGCUGGUAUGCUGGUAGAUCUCAGGAUGGGCAGAGGCAUGGGGUACAACCUCGUCAACCUGUGCUUCUUCAUCACAUACGUGCUGUGUCAGCCAUUCAUGGUUAUCCUGUGUAGGAAGGUUGGGCCACGAUACUUCCUGCCAGGCAUUUGCCUGGCAUGGGGUGCUGUAAUCGUUGGCUUUGGCUUCACAAAGGACUGGCCUAGCUUGAUCCCCUUGCGACUGGUGCUAGGCUUACUGGAGAGCGGUUACUUCCCCGGCUGUUUGUAUCUGCUGAGCUGUUGGUACACCAAGUUCGAGGUCGCAAAACGCUACAGUGUCUUCUACUUCAUCGGCAGCAUCGCAUCAGCACUUUCCGGUAUUCUCGCCUACGGCCUGCAGCAGAUGGAAGGCGUUAAUGGCAUCCGCGGAUGGCGCUGGAUCUUCAUAAUGGAAGGCGUAAUAACCUGCGGCGUCGCCAUUUUCGCCUUCUCCUUCAUCGUCAAAUUCCCCGACCAAGAGAAACUCAAGCCAUCCUGGGGCUUCCUCAAGAAACCCGGUGACAUCGACCUCGUCAUCGAUAAGCUCAACGCCGACCGCGGCGACGUUGCCCCCGAACCCUUCUCCUGGAAGAAGUUCCUCGCCCCAGCGACGCAGUGGUACAUCUACGGCUUCGCAUUCAUUUUCUUCUGCGUCACGACCAUUGCGUACGGGUUUGCUUUUUUCCUACCCAUCAUUCUGAGCACGAAGUUGAAGUUUAGUGUGGCGAUGGCGCAGUGUAUGGGUGCGCCGCCGUAUGCGGCAAGUGGGUUUAUGAUGUAUGGUGCUGCAUGGUUCAGUGACAAGUACAAGACUCGCGGUCCGGUUGUGUGCUUCCUCUGCCUCAUUUCGCUCAUCGGGUUGCCAAUCAUGGGUUUUGUGGAGAAUCCCUGGGGACAGUAUGUCGGAGUGUUCAUCACGGUCAGUGGGACCAACAGCGCUAUUCCCGCGAUCAUGGCGUAUCAGGCGAACAAUAUCCGUGGGCAGUGGCGCCGAGCGUUCUGCUCAGCUACGUUGACUGGUCUUGGUGGCAUUGGAGGUGUUGCUGGUGCCUUGAUCUUCAGGACUGAGGAUGCACCGUCGUAUGUCCCGGGAUUUGCGGCCUGUAUGGCUUGCAACGUGCUCGUCAUCUUGACAACAGGCGUUUUGACAUUGUACUUCAGACGAUGCAAUUCGCAGGCCGAUCGGGGCGAGCGAGUGAUCAACGACGACCCGACGUUCAGGUUUACCAUCUAA